AGGGCGUUUUGAGCUUGAUAUUUUUUCUAUCCGCUGCAUCCUCGGAGCAGCAGCUGUAUCAUUAGUGUGAGGGGGAGAUGACGAAGGAGGGGAGGGGAAGUGGUUGCGAUAGGUAGCUGAAGAGGAACGCAGAUCUUGCUUGACUCGCUUGCACGCCCAACACCCUCGUCUCCCGCAACGUGCAUGACUGUUCCCCGCAGCCUGGUCAGCCUCGUUCGUCAGCCGCAUGGAGACGUCGUCGCACCAGGGUAGCAGACGCCUGAGGAAUUGCCUCGUCGCGAUGCUGCACGUCAUGGUGGUGUCCUCUCUGCCUUGCACACCCAACACACACUCACACUCACACUCUUGCUUACACACACAUGGGCAGUGCAGUACUGCAGGCAGAGGUCAAGGCACAGCGGGCACCAAGAACGCCAAGGCGGAGCCCUCGGCGCCCGGCCAGAAGACCAUCCACUGUCGAGCGCGCGCAAGCCCGCCCGCCCAACGCGGCGCCCCGCGCGAUAUUGGCCCUCAUCUCAGCUCGGUUUGCGCAUUUUUGCACGCGCGCACGAAGGGAGGGGCGCUGCAGCGCCGUUUCGGAAAUGAUGGCGAGCGCAUGGUUCGAUGCCCCGCGCACCCCGAACUUGCCUUGCUGAUACGAGGACCACGAGACUGCUGCUGCGGCGUAAUGAGAGUGGUAAAAGUGAAUUUUGUUAUUAUUCGCGGCGCUUCUCUAGGUGCUCGGCCGGCGUUUCGCAAGCGAAUUGCCUGUUGACUGCUGCGUGAUGAGGCUCUGCCGCGCGCUCGUACGAUGAUCUUGUGCGAAACCGUGUAAGUUUCUGGGAUGGGUGGUGCUGUGGUUGAAUUUCCUGCGCUUCGCGCCGACGCCGAGGUGGUGUGUCGUUUCGAGGCGCUAAGAGAGUCGCGAUGACCCUGCUCCUUGGAGCCGCUGCUGCUGGUGCUGCUGCUUGCCGCCGCCGCCGUCGCUAGGUAUUAAGGUCGAGGCGUCCAUCUGCUGCCGCUGC